AAUAUGUGAAUAAUGUAUUAUAAAGUGUUCGCGACAAAAUUUCGUGCUUUCAUAAGGACUACCAUAGACAGACCGUGGGUUCAGUGGUUGCUACGAUUGUUGACAUUCUUGGAGGUCAUUGCUUCUGUUGGAUGGCCACAAUCCUUUCCAUUGAGAGAUGGAUACAAAUUCGACUUCAUCGUGGUCGGGGCUGGUUCGGCCGGCGCCAUCGUCGCCACGAGGCUCAGCGAGGUGCCGCACUGGAAAGUGCUGCUACUUGAAGCAGGGGGCGACCCUCCGCCUGCCAGUGUGAUACCGAGUAUGUUUGGGCUAAUCACGCACUCAGAGUACGAUUGGGAUCACGGCGCAGAUCUCGACCCGGGAACUGGGCAGGUCCAUGUCGAUAGAAAAGUCUACAUGGGUGGGGGAAAGAUGCUAGGAGGCUCAUCGUCAAGUAACUUACAGAUUUACGCGAGAGGAGCACCAGAGGACUUCGAAGAGUGGAACAAAAUAGCACCAGGCUGGGAUUGGGAUACAGUUUUACAUUACUACAAAAAGCUCGAACACGUGACAGAUCACUCAGUUUUACAGAAUCCACAUAAUGCUCAUUAUCAUUCAACAACCGGCCCUGUUGGUAUAUCACGACCUAGGGCAAACGAUUAUUACGAAAGAGUACACGACCAAGUUUUAAGUUCAUGGGAAGAAAUGGGAAUAAAACGACUGUUAGAAACAAAUGGACCAGAAAUAUUAGGAGCAUCUCGACCACACUUCACUUUCGCUAACGGCAGAAGAUCCAGUACAGCUGAGGCGUAUUUACGUCCAACGAAAGACAGACCAAACUUUUACAUUACAAAAUUUGCAAGGGUUAUCAAAGUGUUAAUAGAUUCAUCCACUCUACGAGCAUACGGUGUCAAAGUUUUGCUUAAAACUGGUGAAAUUAUAACACUGUACGCUAACAUUGAGGUGAUUUUAUCUGCUGGCUCCAUACAUACACCAAAACUUCUAAUGCUGUCGGGGGUAGGUCCUCGUGAAGUUUUGGAACCAUUUAAUAUCCACACUAUCGCCGACCUUCCCGUUGGUAAAAAUCUUCAGGACCACCUAUUCGUAACUCUAGUUAUAAAAGGUCAAAAAGGUUUUCAAACAGCCGUUCAGAAUUUGUUGGCCCCUGGGGAAUUAGACAAGUUUCCAAUACCCCUACAAAAUGGUUUCAUAAGACUCAACGGCUCUGCUAGCAAGUAUUAUGGCAAAAAUAAACCUCAUAUUCAGAUAUUUAACAUUCGAGUCGGGGCUACAGCGGCUCCUGCUCUUUUGUUUGGUUGUCGAGUAACAGCUAACUUAGCUGAAGAUUAUUGCUAUUCAGUGAGUAAAGCCAACGUGUAUCGCGAAAUAGAUCUUAUGAACUUGCUUUUGCUCCAUCCAAAAUCAAGAGGUCAAGUAAGAUUGAGAAGUAGUGACCCUUUAGUUCCUCCAUUGAUAGAAAUAGGGUUCUUUAGAAACAUAAAAGAUGUAGGAAUAGUCGUAGAAGCUAUAAAAUUUAUGUUAAGGAUAACUGAAACGACGUAUUACAGAAAAGUGGGUGGAGAAGUUGCUAGGUUAGACGUUAGAGGCUGUGAAGGACUUCAUUAUGGAACCGAUGAAUACUGGGCAUGUUAUGCUGUCAAUACUGUAAAUUCAUUGCUGCAUCCCGUAGGAACGUGUUCGAUGGGACCAGACGGAGUAGUCGAUGAACGAUUAAGGGUUCAUAAGAUCAAAGGAUUGAGGGUUGUGGACGCAUCGGUUAUGCCUCUAAGUCCGAGUGGAAACACCAACGCGCCAACAAUGAUGAUAGGUGAGAAAGCAGCAGAUAUGAUUAAAGAAGAUCACAAUAUAAUACAUUCACACAACGACGAAUAUUACGGGUAAUAAAGGAAUAAGGACUCAUUUUAACAGAUGCCAAAUAUUAUAUUCAGUCAAGUAGAAUAGAUGUUUUAUAUAGGAGA